AUGCAGCUGGCAGACUUGUCUACAAAGAUGCAGUCAAAGCUACGACUACACCAGUUGCUGCAGCUUUGGGGUUUUGUUGGCUUUGCGACGAAUGUGUUGCAGGAGAUGAAGCUCAAGAUCCUUGCAGCUUUGAUGGUGUUGGCUCAAUGCAUAUGUCCUGCUCGUGCCCAAGCAAAUGAGACCAAGGAGAAUCCUUCGUUGUCGAAGAAGGUGGCUCAAGGCGAAGAGACUGGAGCAGGUGUCCCAGUUCGCAUCAGCUGCUGCAAGGAGAGAGAUUGCAACUACAACCAAGGGUCGGGAAGCUAUGAGUUCGGUGAGGAGGAGAAGUACCAGGACAAGAAGCCGCUCCUCCACUCCCAUAGCCCCUAUGACUCCGCCUACGACAAGGGCUUCCACCCCUCCGAGGACGAUGAGCACUACAAGGACUCCGAGUAUUCAUCGAGGUCAAGAUCUACAGCGAAGCCCGCAGGAGCAACCAGCAAGCUCUUCAGCGGUAUUGGUGAGGCCCUGUUGCCGAGAUCUACCAGGCUGGACGAAAGCGAGGAACGCUUUCGGGUGUGCAAGGAUACCUUACAGCUGAUGACGUGCGAAGAUUUGAAAUCCGCUUUGAGGCUGGAAGGGAUGCCUGUGUCAGGUGUGAAGGGCGACUUGACCGAGAGGCUUGUACACAAGUUGGUGGCUUCAGAUGUUACCAGCAAGCAGCUUCGCUACGUGCUCUACUUGUGGCGAUUGAAAUCCCUGAACUUCAAGUGCAAGUUGCGUUGGGAAGAUAUCAACAGCAAGUGCCGAAUCUCGAUGUGGAUUUCCGCGUGGAAGGAUGCAUGA